AUGGACGACACCAAAAUUUUCGAUCUGGCUAGCGAAUGCUACAAGCUCUUUCGAGAGGCCUUCCCCGAGGACACACUACCUCCGAAUGCCGAGAUACCACUAUACUACGCUCUUAUCCACUGCCGGUCACGAUUCGAUACCUGGGCUGGCUACACGAAUGCAUUGGAAAACGGCGAGGAUUCUUUGGACAAACAACUUGAGUUCAGUCCAGCAGAUGACUCGCAGAUUGUGGUCAACCUGGUAUCUGGCUGUGAAGCGCAGCCAGGACUGGGAUUAUCGCAGUCCGACGAAUACCAGGCUGCGAAGUACAGCGUGCUGCAUGCGAUUCCCCCGUCACUGACACGGAUAUGCCUAACGGCCAUCCACGAGGCAGUGGACAUACUGCAACGGAUAUCAGACACCGAAAUAAGAGAUGAAGACGGCUUCGACAGAGUUGCGGCUGCGGUCGUGAAAGGCACAUACCCUGAUCUGCCUAAGACACUAGUCCAACAACUAGGCUCAUCUAUCGCACGCAGGCGUGCUCGCCUACUCCGUCAGAGGAAGCAUCAACAAGACCUUGACCUCCAACGACAACAGGGUGAUGAUGCACAGGCUGUGGCGGCCGAGGACACCAAAAGUGUCGCGCGGGCACAAGAUCAGAUAGUGGCUGCUCUGGACAAGUUAUCUGUCACCGAGCAUCCAGUCUUGGAGCCGAAGAAGCUAUCGGCUGAUGCUUCGACUGAGCAGAACGUCCGUCAUGUCCUUACCCAGAACCUCCAACGCCAUUGA